GCACCUACCAACACCCAGCAACAGAACAACGCUGAACCCCCAGCUAAGAAACUUCGCUCCGAAGUAAAACGGGCAGAACGUACGAGUGAUAAGACAACAUAGAAACAGGGACUCGACCUCUUGUCGACGACAGGAUGAUCCCUGUCAACUUCACAACUACUCGUACAUCCGUACGUCCAAUGUUGGAUUCCUCUUUCGUUGGCACACUGUUUAUCUGUCAUACAUCAAUUUUUCAAAACUGAACGGGAUAUUGUGUAAAUAUGUCAUCGGAUUAGGAAUGGACCUAUAAAAAAACUAAUGUAUGGUUGUCCUUCUGUUCUGAGAUGUUACAGCGGAGAGUGACAGUACAGAGUCUGCAGGCUGAGACUGAGCUGAGACUGAUCGAAAGAAAGAAAGAAAAAGUACACUUCCUUCGUUCGUUGAACAGAAUCCGAGUUUCAAACUCCCUCCGACUACCUACACAACGCCUAGUGCCGAGUACGCGGUACUCGAUGCAUAUAUAUAUAAUUGUACAAUAGAUAGUGGUCAGCAUUCUGCUUAGGUUAGCUUGUAGCAUACGUUAUGUCAUAGUUCUCUCAUUGAUCAUAUUUGAAGUAUCGUCAACUUUUGUUUCAAUUUUCUGAUUAAGUCAACCACCAGUUGAGCUAAAAACUGGGGUUGUGUGUUGAACAGGUAAGUCUCCGGCUUGUAUCCCACAAAGAAUUGGCAAGGAUAAAAGCGGGGGUGGGGGAAGACUUUUUUAAAACGAGUUCAUAUUGUUUUCUAUCGCGAAUUCGAAGCAAGAAUUAUACCGUCGAUGUGAGCCAGGCAUAGAUUGUAGAAGGCAAACCAUGAGCAAACAGACGGAAACAAACUCAGAGAGUUCUCCUUUUGCUUUGUGCUUACAGAUAUCUGCCUCACUGCGGUCCUUCGGAUCUAUUGCAUAUCGCGCAACCUUCGUUGUUCAGGCCUGAAAGCUGUUAGCUGUUAACCUGUAACGCGUAUGAAAAUGAGCAAACAGGUGGCAACCGUUGGCCAAUGUGUAAAAGUGAACAAAGAAAUCCUAAAGAUACGCUACACGUGUUCUGAUUUCUGUUUCAGAGACUAGCCGUACCGUUUCAUGGUCACAAACAAAUCCAGUGAUUGUAUUAUCUAUUCAUAUCAAUUGAUAGGCUGGUUAUAUUCGUAUCAAAAUAUACUCUCGAACUUUAAUGCAGUUUAUACCCUUGAAAAUUAAAUAUACCUCAAGUGAGCAUAGUAUCGAGCAUUGCGGUGACUUGAUCUUUUAUUAUUCCAUAAAUGUCUCAAUCAAACGGAUGGUCAUGUUGAAACAUUGAUCAACUAACUGAGUAUCGGUAAUCGACCUAUUCGUUCCUAAGGUUAUUCUAAGAACAUCGAUUUAAACUUUGAACAAGCUAGCGUCUUAGACGGCCAGUGUUUUCAGUCAAUUUUUGAAACGAGUGCAAAUCAUGAGGGAUUCUGUUCCCUGCUUGGUAGAUACUAUACGAUAUUAUUACUAUACACACAUGUGUGCUCAUGUAGAUGUACUCGAGCACUUGGUCACCAGGAUACGCGUAUACUUGUACAGUGCAUACAUAUAAUCUGGGAAUAUGCAUACAUGUAUAGUUUGCUUUGACUGUUUUAAUUUCUUUAAACUUACAGUUUCGCGGAAGUUCCGGGUCGGAAAGCUGCUGCACGGCAACGUCCCUCUUAUCACCCCAUCUCCCAUAUUAUAGAAAAAUCGCUUUACAUAUAUACAGACAAGACGAAUGGUUUUAACUCAUAAAAAUACAUCAUGUUCAGUUUUAAUUUCCGUCAAUAUCCAGAAUUUUGUCAGAGUUUAUUCGAUGACUAUCAUGCCAUCUCAAACAGCUUCUUCUACAUAGCCCUAAUUGAUCCAUCGAUUACAUUGUUUGCCUGCGAUGUGGUUUUAUUGCCAAGGAGUAUACCACAGUUUUUCCACUGUCUACAUUGACUUUUGUAAUUGAAGAAUCAUAAGGUGUGUCGGCGAUUGGUUUCCCAGUCUAUUUAGAAACCAAACCAUAAUCGGGUUUGGCAAUGUAUUCUUGUGAUUCCCAAAAAUAUUGUCGAAAGAUGACUAUCGAUAAUGCUUCUACUUUCAUGGAAAUAAUAGCCAAUGGUUCGAUUUCAAGAAGAGCUUGACCAACGAAAAUUGACGUGAUCGUAGAAGUAGUAAAGGUGGUCCUUCAUCAAUUGACAACAUCCUCUAAUCUAUUUUUUGUUUGUAGGAAAUCCGUGUGAGUUCUUGCCUGGCCCCAUAUACGAUCUCAAUCAGACCGGCCAAGUCGUUGCUGGUCCAGGGGCCAAGUACCUGAGCUUACCAGGCAUUCUAGGAGCUGGGUUGCCCAAGAUCAAUUCCGAACAACAGGAUGCUGUGAACAGAGCCAAGAAAUAUGCUAUGGAACAGAGUAUCAAAAUGGUCCUCAUGAAGCAGACACUUGCUCAUCAACAACAGCAAAUGGCUAGUCAGCGGAAUCAGGUGCAGAGACAGCAGGCUCUCGCUCUCAUGUGCAGGGUCUACGUGGGUAGCAUAAGCUUUGAGUUGAAAGAAGAUACAAUUCGUCAGGCCUUCCUACCUUUCGGUCCCAUCAAGUCCAUCAAUAUGUCGUGGGACCCAGUGACACAGAAGCACAAAGGGUUUGCCUUUGUUGAAUACGAAAUUCCAGAGGCUGCUCAACUUGCAUUGGAACAAAUGAAUGGUGUUAUGAUUGGGGGACGCAAUAUUAAGGUGGUCGGUCGCCCGUCAAACAUGCCUCAAGCCCAAUCUGUCAUAGAUGAGAUAACAGAGGAAAGCAAACACUAUAACAGAAUCUACAUUGCAUCGAUCCAUCAGGACUUGACCGAGGAGGACAUUAAGUCUGUCUUCGAGGCUUUCGGUCCAAUCACAUACUGCAAGCUUGCCCAGGGGAGUUCACCCCACAGACACAAAGGAUAUGGCUUCAUAGAGUAUGAGACUAUGCAGUCUGCUCUGGAGGCGAUUGCAUCUAUGAACCUGUUCGAUCUUGGCGGCCAGUAUCUCAGGGUAGGCAGGGCUAUAACGCCUCCUAACGCACUUAUGGGGCCACCUAGUGGGACCAGCAUGAUGCCCACUGCAGCGGCGGUAGCCGCAGCUGCGGCCACAGCGAAAAUCCAAGCCAUGGACGCUGUAGCCAGCAACGCGGUUGCAUUAGGAUUAACUAAACUAGGAGCAACGGCACAACCCUUACUCAACCAAGCACUGCCAGGUAUUGCUAGGCCCUCGAUUACAUCUACAACAAUCAUGGCACCUCCGACUAUCUCGAAUGCCGUCGCUCCUGCUGCAAUUCCACCCCCUGGAAUAGCAAUUCCGCAAACGCUGACUCGUCCACCGGCCAUUAUUCAGCCCAUGCCUGGGCAACCCACCGUUGUCAUACCUCCCCCAGCAGUUGUCGCGCCAACAGCCGUUGGUGCUCCCAUUGUACCUGCCGCCACAACUACGGCAAAUACUGAAAUAACAAGGCGAGCACAAGAGCAAGCAGCGCAUCAAAAACAGCAAGAGGAAUUACAGAAAAAACUCUUGGAGGAAACGGAACCACAAACUCUUCAACAACAAGAGAAUAUGUCGAUAAAAGGCCAAAGUGCAAGGCAUCUCGUAAUGCAGAAGCUCAUGCGUAAAGUUGAAUCAAGGGUUGUUAUUUUGCGGAAUAUGGUUGCGCCGGAAGACGUUGAUGAGAGCUUGCAGGAGGAAAUACAAGAUGAAUGUUCAAAAUUUGGAGUCGUCGAAAGAGUAAUAAUUUACAAUGAACGUCAAUCUGAAGAUGAUGAAGAUGUUGAGAUAAUCGUUAAAAUAUUUGUAGAGUUCGCACAAAUGACUGAAGCAGAAAGAGCUCGGGAUUCUUUGAAUGGACGCUACUUUGGUGGAAGGCUUGUCAAGGGUGAACUUUACGACCAAGCUUUGUUUGAUAACAACGACUUUUCGGGUUGAGAUGUCCUAUCCCCCUCUGCAACCCACUAUGUAACAUCUGACUAAGAAGUCGCAAUACGCAAAAAGAGAAACAAGCUUCAGGACAGGACCAAAAACUACCACAAUCGAGUAUUUCCCCGUUUGACAUAGAUAACUGAAAACGGGCAUCUGUCUGAACUCCUGUUACUCUGACCUGAAUACGGUUCGAGUUUUGAGUUCAUAUUUUUACUGUAAUUACCCCUCUUGUGAUACAGUGAAAUUCCAUCGGAGAUGGCCAGUGACCUCUCCAUAUUAUGCGAAGCCACUUUAUUGACGGUAUGUAACGUACUGCGAAUUCCCUACUAUUGGGAACAAAGAAGUUUAUUUCAAAUAAAAAAUAAUAAUAACGACAA